AGGAAAAUUUUUGGGGACGAGUCAAAGGCGCUCCUUUGUUUCUCUCUCUUUCUCAUCGGAUGUGUAUCAGUGGUGGUAGGGGAAAGGCGAGGUUUUUCUUUUGGGGGCGUUGUCAGGGUUUUUGGAAGCCUCUAGAUGGUAGGGUUCUGUCUGUAGGGAAAUUGGGUCGUCUUUGGCUCUUGUUCCUGCAGCAGAAGGUGGAUUUGGCCGUUCUGUACUGAAGUAGUUCUCUCUUUUUUUUUUUGUUUGUGUUAGUGUGAGGGAGAUGGAGUUUGUGUUUUGGUGGUAGUGGAAUCCUUGUUUUUUAGUUUUCUGGGCAGCAUGAUUUUUAGUUUUCUGGGCAGCAUGAUUGCUUGGGCUUAGUAUGCUGCUGCUGAUGGUGGAUUUAAUGCGGUCAGAUUUACCUUACGAGUAUUGGGGUUCUUCGGGUCUUGGUGAGAGCUGAGAUCUUAUUGAGCUUCUCUUUUUCCUUGAGGUCCUCCUUGGAGAGUUUAGCCUAAUAAAGAUUAGGCUUUGAUUGAUUUGUUGGUGGGUUUUCUGCUUGUCGUCUGUGGACUUCGUCCUUCAUUUGCUCUUUCUCUGUUGGUGAAUUUUGGUCGGGUUUUGCUUUGGGGGCUGUGUUCUUUGGGGUUGUAUGUGGUUGUGAGAUGAUAAUGGUGGCGGAUUGACCGAUGGGUAGUAGUGUGCGUUGAAGAUGGUAAAACGGACGCAUUCGGAAUGCAGAGCUUCAUUCCUUCUCUGGGGGCGGCAUAUUCUCUUGGCGCAGAGGGGAACCGUGGCCAUUCUCGAGCUGCUGAUGUUGUGAUUCUCGAGCAACCAGAUGGAUUUCGUUCAGAGGAUGUAGCUUACCCUUAUUAUAAUCCAAAGUCAGGGAGCCCUAGCAUCACCUCUGAUUCUUAUCAAUUCGGAAGUUCGAAUAAGACAUCUCCUUCAAGCAACACUCCUUCUACAGCUGCCAUUGGGUCUCAUUGUUUAUCUGCACAAAGAGGACGACAGGCUAGUCUUGGUUCUAGCUCCAGUGCACAAUUGGACAGUUGGGGAGAAUCCACAAUGGCAGAUACCAGUCCUCGCACUGAUACGUCAACUGAUAUUGAUCCUGAUGAGAAGAAUCAACGGAUUGAUGGUGGCCAAUUGGGGGCUGCUGGGCCAUCUGAUUCCAGUGAUAGGUCCAAGGAGAAAUCAAUGGAUCAAAAGACGCUUCGAAGACUUGCUCAAAAUCGUGAAGCUGCAAGAAAAAGCCGGUUAAGAAAAAAGGCAUAUGUUCAACAACUGGAAAGUAGCAGGCUGAAGCUCACACAGCUUGAGCAGGAGCUCCAAAAGGCUCGUCAACAGGGGAUAUUCAUUUCGAGCUCAGGCGAUCAAAGUCAUUCGAUGAGUGGAAAUGGUGCCUUGGCCUUUGACAUCGAAUAUGCGCGAUGGCUGGACGAACAUAAUCGCCAAAUUAACGAACUAAGGGGUGCUGUAAAUACCCAUGCGAGUGAUAAUGAUCUUCGAGGCAUUGUUGAUGGCAUCAUGGCCCAUUACGAUGAGAUUUUCAGGCUCAAGGGCAUCGCCGCUAAGGCUGAUGUCUUUCAUGUGCUAUCAGGCAUGUGGAAGACUCCAGCAGAAAGGUGUUUCUUGUGGCUUGGUGGAUUUCGUUCAUCUGAACUUCUCAAGCUACUCUUGACACACCUGGAGCCUCUAACGGAACAGCAACUGGUGGGUAUUUGCAACCUACAGCAAUCAUCACAACAAGCAGAGGAUGCACUAUCCCAAGGGAUGGAAGCUCUGCAACAGUCACUUGCAGAGACCCUUGCAGGGUCUCUUGGCCCUCCUGCGUCAUCAUCUGGCAAUGUUGCUAACUACAUGGGCCAAAUGGCUGCAGCCAUGGGUAAACUCGGGACGCUUGAGAAUUUCCUCCGGCAGGCCGAUCAUCUCCGGCAGCAGACCUUGCAGCAGAUGCACCGGAUAUUGACGACCCGUCAAUCUGCACGCGCCCUGCUUGCCAUCAGUGAUUAUUUUUCGCGGCUACGUGCCCUCAGUUCGUUGUGGCUAGCUCGUCCAAGGGAGUAAUCUAUUAGUUCCAGCUUCUGCCGGGAAGAAAUUGAGAAGCAUUUGCUUGGUCGGUGUUGUGAACCCAACUCACAAUUGUCACUAAUUGAGAAGCGAUCACAGUUGCUAGUGAAUGUGAUGUUGCUGGCAUUGUCGGCUCACAAAGUUCUCAGAGACCAGAUUUGCAUGCUUAUUAUUUGUCAGAGAGAGAGAGAGAGAGAUGAUAACCCAGGAAGUCCAGCAGGUUGAGUUGUGCAGGGAAAGAUUAGGUGUUAAUUGAUCUGUAGUGGCAAUGGUGCUUGUGGGAACUCUCACAGCUGUGUUGUAUGUUCGUAUUUCAUGCUAAACACGCAUUAACGACGUGAACUAUGCAGGUGUGCAAUGUAGAAUCCAGUCACAUCUCUGGAAGUCCUCGUUUUAACUUUAAAUUUAGGUUAUCUCGGA